AUGGUAACUAAAGCUUUCCAGAGUGUCAGGCAAUUCUCCCGAACACCAUCGGUAUGGAACCUCUGCUGGCCCAGCAGUCAUUUCAGGCCGCAGUGCGUUCAGAGGACGGAACUGCUUAAUGGUAUCAAGGUAGCAGCUGCGAAGACAUCCGGCACCGCUGUUGCCGCCUGCACUAUAAUGUUUCAGGCAGGGUCACGUUUCGAGAUCAACGACGACUUUGGUGCGACUCACUUUAUUCGCGCAAUCUCACCAGCUUCUGGCUGCGCGUACACCGACUUCUCCAAAGCGCGAGUGUUGCAGCAGUUCGGUGCCCAUCUAACCUGCACCGCUACAAGGCAGUACAUCGCGUUCACAUUGACUUGCCCGCUGCCAUCGUUUAAGGAAACCAAAUAUUAUUUAUUAGAUACGGCUGCAAGAUCUAUGUACAAUGAAUGGGACAUCAAAGACUGUAUGCCUCACAUUCGAGACGACCUCUAUAGAAUUACAACUGAAGAGCGAGUCAUGGAUCUAGUCCAGCGUGCUUGUUGGGCAGGCUCCCUAGCAAAUUCCAUCUACUGUGAGGAAGAGAGAAUUGAAAGCAUGACACGGCUGAGGCUCUGCGGCUUCGUGUAUGAAAACUUUAAGUCCUCAUCAUGUUCUGUGGCGAGCGUUGGGGUGCCGUUUGAGGAAACCUUGAAGGUCGCUGACAAAAUUGAAAUGACACGGUAUAAACCUCCAGAACGUAAAGAAUUGCCGUCAAAUCCUCGCGCCGGGUUUGAGUACUAUGAGCUAGGGCCCGGCAGCGACACUUGCAUCGCUGCGGUUAUUCCCGGUUGUGGGGCCAGCGACUUGACAUGUUUAUUGAAACAUGCUAUAAUAGCUGCGGCCUGUGGUACGGGAUGUGUACAGUCCGGCCAACACGAUAUCGACUGUACCCCUCAGGGCCCGCUGGGACAUAUGGCUGGAGCCGACAUACAUACGAAAUUUCGUGCUUUUAAUAUAGCAUAUUAUGACACUGGAGUAUUUGGGAUAUUAUGCAACACUCGUGCGCAGACGGCUAACUCAUGUACGUGUGCGCUCGUUGAGUUUCUGUGCAACGUUGGGGAUUUGGAUUUCCGGCAGCUUGAAGUCGGAAAAAAAAGAUUAAAAAUGGAAUUGGCCCGUCAUGACGAAGAUGCGGCGGCAUCAGCAGAGGGCCUGGCUUUGCAGUUGGCUUGCGGCGUGCGCCUUGACGGUGUUGGGGAUGCGCUGGCGCUUAUCGACAAUAUUACCGUCGAUGACCUCUCUUGUGUAGCAAAGGCUAUAUCUAGUCGCCGAAAUGAUUUAGCUAUUGCAGUUGUUGGGGAUUGUGGUGCGGUACCACACGAUCAGGAGCUGUUCCAUCACCUAUAA